AUGUCUUCUAGAUCUUUAUCCCUACAAGCUGCUCUCGACGCAGCCGUCAAAAGCUUCGUCGCGCGCAACCCCAGGUCCAAAGCUCUCCAUGACGAAGCUGUCAAAACAUUUCCCGGCGGCAACACGAGGACUGUGCUCCACACGAGCCCCUUUCCUCUCUGUAUGAAAUCUGGCAAAGACUACCAGCUUAUCUCUGAAGAUGGCGAUACGUACACUGACCUGACGGCCGAGUUCACGGCCGGCUUAUAUGGUCACUCUAACCCAGACAUUCUCGCGGCUCUUCAAAAUGUCAUCCAGAAUGUCGGUCUCAAUGUCGGCGCAACGACAGCCCAGGAGCAACUCUUUGCUAGGGCCUUGUGCGACCGAUUCGGUCUCGAGCGCAUUCGCUUGACAAAUUCCGGCACGGAAGCCAACCUCCACGCCCUCGCUGCUGCGAAACUCUAUACAGGGAAGAGUAAGGUGGUGGCGUUCGGUGGUGGCUACCACGGCGCCGUGUUUGGCUUCAAGGAUGGCAAAGUCGCGGCCAACAAUGUAGACAAGGCCGACUGGAUUGUUGCCAAGUAUAACGACCUCCAAGGCGCCAUCAGGGCAAUCGAGAGCGAGGGAGUCGCUGCAGUCAUCCUGGAAGCUAUGCAGGGAUCCGGUGGCUGUAUCUGCGGCACAAAAGAGUUUCUGACUGGCGUGGAAAAAGCUGCGAAAGAGGCCGGAGUCAUCUUUAUCGUGGAUGAAGUCAUGACUUCGCGCAUUUCGGGUGCAGGCCUGUCGGCCGUGCAUGGCCUCAAACCAGACUUGAAGACAUUUGGUAAAUACCUGGGUGGCGGCGUCGCAUUUGGUGCUUUCGGCGGCUGCGAGGACAUCAUGGCUGUAUACGAUCCGCGGGUAAAGGGAUCAGUUGCCCAUUCAGGCACCUUCAACAACAACACCUUUGUCACCCACUGCGGCUAUGCUGGGCUCACCAAGGUAUAUCCCCCAGAAGUAGCAGAGUCUUUCACGAAGACGGGAGAUGAUCUACUUGCAAGGCUCAACGAGGCAAGCAAGGGUACCAAGCUUUGUUUCACAGGUACCGGGUCCGUUGCGACUAGUCACUUCGUGGCACACGGGCCGCGAACCAUUGCUGAUGCGUUGGACGUGGCAGAGAUCGACGAGCUCAAAGACUUAUUUUGGUUUCAUCUACUAGAAAACGGUUUUUGGGUUACUUGGCGUGGUUUUUACGCGUUGCUUCUCGGGACGCCGCAGUCAGAGCUUGAUCGGUUUGUUUCCGUCGUACAUGGCUUCCUCGCCAAGUAUGCAGCCUUGGUGCAGGUAGACACUGCCUAG